UGGUAUGAUGGUCAACUUUAGGCAUCGUAUAGGUGCUUAGUUCAUUUUCGAUGGACUUCCGUUCGCCCGUGGAGCAAUGGCACUCUUUGGGUGACAGGAGCGUUGAGCGCGAAUCCUGGUCGUUGACUCCGCCAAGUUGGCGUGGUACUGCUGAUGACGUUUGGGCUGUUGCUCCCUUAGGUUCAUUGGUUGCAGUAGUCAGCGACCGCUUGGACCCUGCAUCAUCGUUUGCUGAGAAUGUUAAAUGUCAGUUGCGCAUAUUUCGCGGUGGUUCGUUUGGUUUGGUGACAUCCGUUCCGUGGCUAGUUCGUUUGGAUACAUUGCUAUCACUUCAUUGGAGUGACGACGGUCUUUUGGUUGCUAUAUUUAAGAAUGCCUGCGUUCGUGUAUUUUCUGCUCACGGUGAGUUUAUGCAGCACUUCUAUUUACAAGUCAUCGAGAGUGACCUUCGCGGUGUGAAUUUGGACCCUGAUAUGGUUAUUAUACACGUUUGGGGUGCUGGUGCUGUAUAUGUUAACAAGGACACUGGCUGCAUCUAUCUUCAGCGUGGUUUUGAGGGCCGCAAUUGCAUUCAAGUUCCAAUUGGUGAUUUUUCGUUGCGCAUUAUAGCCUUAGGUGUCCUUCCCUCUGCUGACUGGUUUGAUUCCAUAUUGAUCCUAUGUAAAGUUGAUGGCGUAUCCUAUAUUAAAAUUCACGAUAUAGUUCGAUGUCAUUCAUUUGAUGACUUUGACCUUUACAUUCACGAUUUGGGCACACCACUGGAUACAGUUUAUGACGAGGUGGUUGCAUAUGGUCAUGCAUCUUUUGGUGGCGAAGGCACCCACUUUGUUUUACGUGAGCGUGCCAGUGGUUCCAUAUGCUCUAUGUUAUAUACCGGCACAUCUAUGACAGCUUUAUGGCAUGGUACGUUUGACAAAGUUUCACGUGUUUAUGUUCUUGGCCAUGGUGCAGUGGCUCUAUUGGUUGAUGACGGUAUUACUUUAGCUCUUGGGAAUGAUAUUGACACUAGUCCCAUAGCGACUCUUCACUUUCCCAUGUCAGUUUGUUGCGUUGCUUCUGACUAUGGUGGUGGCAUUCGUGCUUUCUCCACAGAUCGUUGUGACUAUAUCGGUAUUGUAUCUAGUGACCUCGAAUCAGUUUUUGGUAUUGGUUCAUGCAGUCCUUCAGCUGUUCUUUUACGUUCAUUUGACAUGUUUCACCGUGAUGACGUCAAGGCUUGUGAGACUCUAGGUUUAAUAGGUAACUCGGUACACGACGCUGCUGCCGUUUGCACUUCAGCUGCACUGGACUGCUGGGAUUUGGACAUUGCCUAUAUGUUGCUAGAUGCUGCAUCAUUUGGUUUAUCGUUGAAUUCAGUACGUCCUGAUGCCAUGGGCUCAAUAGAGCCUGGGUCAACGUUAGACACCAAGUUAUAUCCUCCUGGUAUACCCAAUGUGCUAACUCCUAUGACAAAUCCCGAUACCACUGAUUCCAUGGGUGCACAUGGUCCCCCUGAGUAUGCAUCUAGUAACUCCAGGGUUUGCAGCCGUUCUCUAUCGUUAUCUAUGUUACGUGUUGCCAGUGCACUGCGUUCUGAGGUUAGUGACAUUAGAACUACUGGUUCCCAGCUAUUGGCAUUGGAUCCUCGAUUUCUAUCUGUGUUACUAUCUGCUCAGCACUGCCACUUAUUGGCUAUGCGUAUAUCUGACUUUUUGGGCAUUGAUAAGAAUCCCAUUCUUCUUCAUUGGGUACGUACUCGUGUUAAGCUGGGUGCUCGCAUGACAGAUUCUGAACUAUUAGAGAGCAUAACUAAGCUUUUGGAUGGUUACGCUGGUAUGUUACUACCUUAUGCUGACAUUGCUUGUGCUGUUGCUGCUGAGAAACGAUUUAACCUUGCGUUAUUACUAUUGGACCGUGAGCGAAGCUUACCUCGGAAAUUCCGUACUUUAUGUUCUUGGGGUGAGUAUUCCAAGGCUGGUUCAGUUGCUAUUGAGUCCUGUGACCUUAUGUACGCUGCUGCGGUUUUGUUCCCUUUACAAUCUGGUCACAAGCUUGAUGGCGUCGUAGAGCUUGCUCGUGGCAACACUUGCGUUCGUGAUGUUUUUGUGAAGCAGUGUAGAUUAGCUGGUGCUGGUGACGUCUUACAAGUAUUUUUUGAGCGUCUCGAUGACAUAUACAGUGCUGGUGUCAAUGCGGUUCGUCAGGCUUUAUCUUUGUUAUAUCCAGUAUCAUCAGGUGUUAAGCCAGCUUUACACCAGUUGGUAUCACAUAUGUCUAUUGAUACUAAGGGCGAGGACUGUUCCACUUGGUUGAAGUUUGCUUCUGAUUUUUUUACUUCUCUUGCUGUUUCCAAGGGUGCCCAUGUUGAAAACGCUCGUGUAUGGCGUGACUGCAUAUCGCAUCAGCGCAGCUUGAUUUCAAUGCAGCUAGAGCUUGAGCGUAGCAUUCCGGGUUUAUCUGGUUUGGUAGGCCGCAGUUUAUCGCAUACUGUCUAUACGCUAUAUCGUUUGGAGCGUAAUAAGGAUGCUAGUUCGCUUGCUAAUAAGUUUAACAUGCCGUUUACCCAGCAUUGGCGAUGUCGUCUUUCUGCUGCCCACGCGAUGCAUAACAUUAACGACUUAUUACAGAUGGCUAAUGACAAGAGUGCCCAUAAUCAGUAUGUUUGUAUGAAGAAUGGCAAGGCUGCUUUGGACCUUGUUCUUGAGGCACUGUUAUCAUUGGGUGCUACUAGUGCUGUUGAGUCUGUGGUUGUGACUUUACGUCAGCCUCAGCAGCAGUAUUGGCGUGAUCGUUUGAACGUUCGUUCUGGUGUUUCCGUGGUGCCUAGUUCCGACACCAGUUCAUCUUUGAUAUCUAGUAUAUCUAGGAGACUUUGGCACGGUUAAUAUUGGCUAUAUAGUGUUGAUACAUUACUACGUUAGGUUGCGAUUAGUUA